UAACUAGUAAUACCAGUGGGAUUCUCAUUUUGUUUUCCAAAGAAACAUCAUAGAACAGUGGAAAGAAUUUUGGUUUUGGAGUCAAACUUUAGUUCAAAUCACAAUUUUGUCACUAUUUGUAUGACUAUAGUCAAAUCAUUUUCAUGUUUCUAGGCCUCAGUUUCCUCAUCUAUAAAAGGAAGGGAUUAGAUUAGAUGAUAUAAGGAUCCUUCUAGCUCUGACAGUGAUCUGUUUAAUGGAAAUCUUUUAUCCUUAUAUUCCAUAGUUCUCUGUUAGUUAAUUUGAACUAUGUAUUAACACUAUACGAUUCUAACUCAUUUAGAAUUUAUUCAAUUGUUUGUGGAGAAAAUAUAAUAGGUGCUAUAUAGACAACCAUAUACAUGGUAGAAACUAAAGAAAAGUUUGUUGAAUAAAUCUUGAGAAAAGUAUCAGAGUAGGAAACUCAUAUUUAAAAACUAAUGUGAAUGGAGAAAGAUCAACUCAAGAGAAAUUAACUGGUCUGAUACUUUUUAUUUUUUUUCUUAAAUAGAUGAGGAAAUGAAGGCUCAGGAAAGUGAAGUACUUGUUCCUAUUUAUAUAACCAGGUGGCAGUAGAAUUAAAAUCUGUGUCUCUUGAUUUCCCAAUUAAGCUGUCUUUCCAAUGGUAAAAGCCUUCCCUAAGAAGAGAUGGCAAUCUGAAGUUAUAUCGUUGUGAUGUCUGUGGGAGAAGCUUUGCACCAGAUGUUCUGGUAAAAUUAAGACAUUUUGUGGAUGCAUUUCAUUGAAAUUAAAUAAAGUAUAAUAUUGUGGAGGAGGCAAAAAGAUUAAAUGCAAAUAUGGAAAAGGAACGAAGUAGGAUGGGAGUACAAUUUGCUGCUGAAACUAAGGAAAGGCAUGGGCCAAUAUGCAAAAGACUUUUCAACAAAAAACGUAAGCCUUUCAAUUCCUUGAAGCAAAGAUUACAAGGCACUGACAUUCUCACAGUCAGAGAGUCUCCCAAUGCCAAGAUGCUACCCGUGAAGAAAUAUAAUUGGAGACAACAACAUGAAGACUUUAUUAACACAAUUCGAUCAGCCAAGCAGUGUAUGUUAGCCAUUAAGGAAGGCCGUCCUCUUCCUCCUCCACCCCCUCCAACUAUCAACCCAGAUUAUAUUCAAUGUCCUUACUGCAUGAGAAGGUUUAAUGAAACUGCAGCAACGAGACAUAUUAAUUUCUGCAAGAAUCAGGCAUCCCGCCGAGUUUUUGAUCCAGCCAAGACAGCAGCCAAAAUAGCAUCCAAGGGUCAGAACAAAUCUCAAAUGAUUUUCAAAAAAGAAUCAACCGUAACGAAUAAUGUGGGAACAUUGCUUCCGAACAGGAUAGUGGACCCCUCAAGGGACCAAACUACCGAAACAGCUCUGGAGAAAAGAAAAAAAAAAAAGGCUGGACCUCUUGUUGUCACUCUCAUUUCAAGAUCAUCCCCAGAGGCAAGAACUGGAUUAAAAGUCAAGAAAGCAAUGAUCUCCAAAAAAAAUUAAGUCCUUUAGUCAAGACUGACCUCUAUAGAAGAUCACUUGCCCCUCAUCAUCCUCUGUGGCUGCCUUGAUAUUAAGCAAGUAUUACUUAAUUAAGGCCAAAGAACCACAGAUUUCCAUUUGCAUUCCUAUUAUUCAACUUGGAAUACCACUCAAAAUGUGCUUGUUUAAAUGUAAUGAUUAAAACAAUGACUCCAAA